AUGAAAUAUUACAUACAAGAAACAAAAUGGAAACAAAUUUUUGCAAAUUUGAAAAGCGUAAAAGGAAUACACAGUAAAAACGAAGAUCGGAUAAGAAGGUUCAUGGAAUCAGUGUGGUACAUGGCUCGAAGUGGUUGCCAAUGGCGACUUUUACCAGAAAUAUAUGGCAAUUACAGAAGCGUACAUAAGAGAUUCAAAAAGUGGUGUGAAAAGGGAAUUUGGGAAAAGCUGCUCAAAUAUACACAAGAUCCAGAUUUGGAAGUGCAAAUGAUAGAUGGAACAAUCGUUAGAGCACAUGCUUGUGCGGCUGGAUACAAGAAGGAUACCGGAGCUCAAGAAGCACUGGGACGCAGCAAAGGUGGCUUUACAACAAAGAUACAUGCUCUUGUUGAUGCUCUGGGAAAUCCGCUUAAAUUUACUUUAACUGCUGGUCAAAGGAACGAUAUUACACAGGCUGAAGCAUUAACUGAGAAUGUCUCAAAUUCAGUUGUGGUGGCCGAUAAGGGCUAUGAUAGUAAUGCUUUUAUUGUGGGUCUUGAGAAUAAAGGGUGUGAGGUUGUUAUUCCUCCGAAGCGUAACCGAAAAGUGCAGAG